AUGCAUGGGUCAGCUUAUAAAACUGUGUCGGGUGUGAAUGGUCCCCUGGUUAUCUUGGAUCAGGUUAAGUUUCCUAGGUACGCAGAGAUUGUCCACUUGACUCUUCCUGAUGGCACAAGAAGAAGUGGGCAGGUUCUGGAAGUCAGUGGCUCCAAAGCUGUGGUUCAGGUAUUUGAAGGAACUUCAGGUAUUGAUGCUAAGAAAACGUCUUGUGAGUUUACCGGGGAUAUUCUUCGAACCCCUGUCUCUGAGGAUAUGCUUGGCAGAGUAUUUAAUGGAUCAGGAAAACCUAUAGACAGAGGCCCCAUUGUUUUGGCUGAAGAUUUCCUUGACAUAAUGGGUCAGCCAAUCAAUCCCCAGUGUCGUAUUUAUCCAGAAGAAAUGAUUCAGACUGGCAUUUCUGCUAUAGAUGGUAUGAACAGUAUUGCCAGGGGGCAGAAAAUCCCCAUAUUCUCAGCUGCUGGCUUGCCCCACAAUGAGAUUGCAGCUCAGAUAUGUCGCCAAGCUGGCUUGGUGAAGAAAUCCAAAGAUGUGAUGGACUACAGUGAAGAAAACUUUGCCAUUGUGUUUGCUGCUAUGGGUGUGAACAUGGAAACUGCUCGGUUCUUCAAAUCAGACUUUGAGGAAAAUGGGUCCAUGGACAAUGUGUGUCUGUUCCUGAAUUUGGCCAAUGAUCCAACCAUUGAACGCAUUAUCACACCUCGUCUAGCUCUAACAACAGCGGAGUUCUUGGCAUAUCAGUGUGAGAAGCAUGUGUUGGUCAUUCUGACAGAUAUGAGCUCCUAUGCUGAAGCUCUGCGAGAGGUUUCAGCAGCUAGAGAGGAAGUGCCAGGCCGUCGUGGCUUCCCAGGUUACAUGUACACUGACUUGGCUACUAUAUAUGAGCGUGCUGGGCGUGUGGAAGGCAGAAAUGGUUCCAUUACUCAGAUUCCCAUUCUUACCAUGCCCAAUGAUGAUAUUACUCAUCCUAUUCCUGACUUGACUGGAUACAUCACUGAGGGACAAAUCUAUGUGGAUAGGCAGCUGCAUAACAGACAGAUUUACCCACCUAUUAAUGUCUUGCCCUCCUUGUCUCGACUGAUGAAGUCAGCUAUUGGAGAGGGUAUGACCAGGAAGGAUCAUGCAGAUGUAUCCAACCAGCUGUAUGCCUGCUAUGCUAUCGGAAAGGAUGUACAGGCUAUGAAGGCUGUAGUUGGUGAGGAAGCUCUUACCUCAGACGAUCUUCUUUAUCUGGAGUUCCUGCAGAAGUUUGAGAAGAACUUCAUUGCUCAGGGUCCUUAUGAAAAUCGCACUGUUUACGAGACCUUGGACAUCGGAUGGCAGCUCUUGCGAAUCUUCCCCAAGGAGAUGUUGAAGAGAAUUCCUCAGUCAACACUGGCUGAAUUCUAUCCUCGAGAUUCGACUGCAAAACACUAGCUACAGCUUCGUCUCCAACUCCUUGCUCUGUGAAAUGCUGUUUGUUUUCUUUUUUCAUGUGUUGGUGUUUACUUGUCGCCCUUACAAUUAAAACCAAGAAUAGG